GCCUUUUCUCAGGGCAAUGGGUGGCCGACGGAUGAUAGUAUUGAAGAAGGUUUAGGUUUUGCUAUGGUUUCAUGUUUUACCGGCUCUUUUGAUUAGGAAAAGACGGAUUUGCUAGAGUUUCAUACUUUGAACCUGAGAAAGAAAAGUUUAAGAAUAGAGAAUUUUGGUGUUAUGGACUGGUUGUUGCUGCUAGAGUGAUAAUUUCUUACCCUGUGGCUUUUGUUCGAAUGUUGCUUGGUAAUGGUUAGUUUGGCUCUCACUGGUGCUAUUUUAUGUUUAAUUUUCAAAGUCUGUCUUGUUUGGAUGUCUGAGAGUUGGCAUUGGAUGCUAAUCAAAGGCUUCUCCUUUCUCCCUUCAUUCUGGAUACUCCAAACGAUUCUUUAUGAUGCUAAUCUUUCAUCCUUGAUGUGCUGAUGGUUCUUGUCGGCUUAUAAAACGAAGUUAAAAUUGAUUCAGGAGUGGAACAAUUACUGUGGAGGCUGUUAACAGAGGAUGAGCACUCAGGCUCAGGGGCCUAGGGGAAUUCACUCCUUGAGGCAUGGAAAGAGAAAGCAUGUGCCUGACUUGAAUGUUGUCCCAUGUGAGAACCGGGAGCAGGUGGGAACUUCAGAUCAAACUGCAACGAAUCAAGUUCAAGAAGGCCAGCAAGUGCCUUCCGUAGCCCCAACCAUUGAUGUUGAGGCUCUUGAUGAUGAUGUUAUUGAAUCCUCACCAGGGGCUUUUGCUGAAGCCAAGAACAAUGCCCGCAGAACUCGAGCGAGGACUGUUUUUGAUGUGGAGUCAGGACAACCAACGACUGUGACACCUUGUAAGCGAGACAAGCGUAGAAGAGUUCCAAUAAUUAACUGUGAUUUGAUUAACUUGGAAAGCAGCGGUUGCUCCACGAAGGACAAGGUGGAGCCACCUGCAGUGCCAGCGCCACCACCCCCGGAACCAAUCUUUAACUGUCCAAUCUGUAUGGCUCCAUUUGUUGAGGAGACAUCAACUAAAUGUGGACACAUUUUCUGUAAGAAAUGUAUCAAGGCUGCCAUUGCUCGUCAGCCCAAAUGCCCUACUUGUAGGAAAAAAAUCACUGCUAAAGAUCUUAUUCGGGUGUUCCUUCCAUCAACCGGUUGAUUCUGGUAUCUAGAUGUGCAAUAGCUGUGUAAGUUUCCUUGAUUCUCUGGGUCUUGAUACUAGCUUCUACAAUGUUGAUUUUGAAGUUUUUAUUUUGAGUUAAAAUUCAUGUGCUUAUGAGUACAUAAACAAGAAUUUUAGUGGGGGUAAGAUGCUAGAUGAAAUGUUGGAAGUAGGUGUAUUGAUGCAGAGUUUGUAUGGGGCCUUCAAAUGGCAGUAAGUCAUGGAAAAGCACAUCUGGGUGUCGCGAAGAAAUCGAUAAUUGAACUAUGUCAUUUCUUGUGAUCUUACACUCGCACUUCCGUUAUUGAAUAUAAGUUCGGCGUUAUUCCUCAUUUAAGUUACUUUAUUUCCUUCCAUUUGUAACAGGGUUAGUUGGGAUAGCUUUGAGAUGGAUCGGUUGAAGGAGACAACAGCUGUAGCAUAGCUGAUGCAAAUUGUUUUUUUGUUCUCUGUUCUAAACUUUGGAUUGGUAUCAGGACAAGUAGUAUAUCUAACAUGUGAAAUUGAACAGGUUUGCCAUGUAUUCAUGAAUUGGCGAUCUGUUUUUAUUCAGUCCUUAAACUUGUGAGCAGCCUAUGUUGCCUUGGUGUUUCACCGUUAGGUGGUGUAUAGUUAUUGGAAUUUGGAUGGACUGAAUGCAGUUUAACCUAUUGAAAGGUUCUAGCUUCUAGU